CGGAAGUGGGAGGUGUCUGCUCGAGUUUGUGUGGCCGCCGCCGCGGGAACAGCAGCCGGUAGUUUUUCCACGUAGAGGGGCGAGGUCUUCGAGUCUGGCGGCGUGAGAGUGAGCGAGUGUCGGUUUCCACAGCCCUCUUCUUACGUGACACCCGGCAUGGAGGCUGAUCAGCGCCUGCAGCCUGGCGGCAAGGCCGUGGCUCCCGCGCGGCAGGAGUCGCCGCGGUCCGAGUCCGGGGAGGAGCCGCAGCUCCGGCAUCCCGAGAAAAAGCAACGAUGUAGGUAUGAUGGCCAAGAAACAAAAGGAUCUAAGUUCAUUACCUCCAAUUCAAGUGAUUUCAGUGACCCAGUUUACAAAGAGAUUGCUAUUACAAAUGGUUGCAUUAAUAGAAUGAGUAAGGAAGAACUCAGAGCUAAACUUUCAGAAUUCAAGCUUGAAACCAGAGGAGUAAAGGAUGUACUAAAGAAGAGGCUGAAAAACUAUUAUAAGAAGCAGAAGCUGAUGUUGAAAGAGGACAAUUGUGCUGAUAGUUACUACGACUACAUUUGUAUUAUUGACUUUGAAGCUACUUGUGAAGAGGGUAACCCACCCGAGUUCAUACAUGAAAUAAUUGAAUUUCCUGUUGUUUUACUAAAUACUGGUACCUUAGAAAUAGAAGAUACGUUUCAGCAGUAUGUGAGACCAGAGGUUAACACCCAGCUUUCUGAUUUCUGCAUCAAUUUAACUGGAAUUACUCAGGAUCAGGUAGACAGAGCUGAUACCUUCCCUCAGGUACUGAAAAAAGUAAUUGACUGGAUGAAAUUGAAGGAAUUAGGAACAAAAUAUAAGUAUUGCAUAUUAACAGAUGGUUCGUGGGAUAUGAGUAAGUUCCUGAACAUUCAGUGCCGGCUCAGCAGGCUCAAAUAUCCUCCUUUUGCUAAAAAGUGGAUCAAUAUUCGAAAGUCAUAUGGAAACUUUUACAAGGUUCCUAGAGGCCAAACCAAACUGACAAUAAUGCUUGAAAAACUAGGAAUGGAUUAUGAUGGGCGGCCACACAGUGGCCUUGAUGACUCCAAGAAUAUUGCCCGAAUAGCAGUUCGAAUGCUUCAGGAUGGAUGUGAACUCCGAAUUAAUGAAAAAAUGCAUGCAGGACAGUUAAUGAGUGUGUCUUCCUCAUUACCAAUAGAGGGCGCUCCACCUCCACAAAUGCCACAUUCUAGAAAAUAACAGCAUUUUUGCCUUUUGCCCAUGGAUCAUUCACUAUAACUGGAGUUGCUACAAAGGGGUAGCAGAUGAAUACUUAUUGAACUAGUCUUGCAGUGCAAAAUUUAAGCACCUUAAAUAUAAAUCUUAUUUACAGUUAUAGAUACAUAUACGUGAACAGAUUCUGUGGAGGGCAUAUUGAAUUGUCACCAGCACUUUUAUAUGAGCAGUAAUUGUUACACAGUAACAGUUCCUUUAGAACUAAAUUUUAUAGUUUAAGGUGUCUAAGAUGUGUUUCUUUUGGUUUUAAAUGCAAAGGUUUAUUGAGUUUCCCUUUGAUUGUCAUCUCUUACUGAGUUAAAAUAUAUAAUGUAUUUCUACAUUAACAUCAUUAGAUCAAAUUAUUUCUUAAUUGCAGAAAAGAUUGUAAGGUGGACCUUAUAUAGCUUUUGGUUUCUAAGAAUAUAGUCCUGUUGAUUUUUGAAGUUUAUAUGUGAAGUUCAACUGUUUGUGGUGAAUUUCAUAAAGUACUUGGUACACAUACUUGUCUGUGUUUGUUUUCAAUUUAUAAUUGUAAGACUUGUGAUAGAUUAUAGGGUCUGGUUAAAAAUUCAGCACUGAUGACAAUGGCAAGUCAGAAGAAAAUACCAUUUAAAGGAAUAUCAGGGCUAUCCCUCAGACUUUAUAAUACACAGAUAAAUCAGUGGGAUUUGGGGACUUGGCUUUUUGAUUCCCCUCCUCAUGACAUAUAACUGCCCUAAUUCUUAAAUCUAAGAGACAGUGCUUUGAAGUAGACUUAAAACUAAGGGUCAUAAUUUUUCAUUUGUAUUCAACAUUGUGAAUGAGGUUAAUAAAGUCAAGUAAUGCUUUCUA